AUGGCCACAGCUGGAAUACAGAGAGCAGCGGAAUACAGGUAUACAGCCCCACGCAUAUGCUAUUCAAACACCUCUUUCGAUAAGGAAACACGAUCAGUUCAGGUGAAAUCGUACUCCCAUAUUUCUGAAGAGGAUCGCUUCAGGGAUGGGGAAAAUUCCGUAUCGGACUUCGGAAAUGAUAGAGCGGACAACGACAGCAAAAGCAGUUUAUCGGAAUGCGGCGAGGAAACAGAUGAUGAAUUUUCGAAAUCUCCUUUAGAUUGUUCUUUAAGCUCAUCUCUUCUAUUUGAUGAUGUCCCUAGAACUCCAAGGAGACCAUUCAGCAUCCUUGACCCGUCGAGUCCUUCACUGCUCACGGAGGGCCUUUUCGUCACUGUUGGAGUAGCUGCCCUAGCGUUAGGAGGACGAAUGUCAUAUCUGUCCUGCCAGCAUGUUGUAACUGUUAUCGUAUGUAUAUGCGUUGCUGUGGUAUGCGACAAGUUCUCGCUCAGGGAAGGCGGGUCUCGGUGA